GUCCGCAUUUCUCAACGUUUACCUUCCGAGCCAGAAAUCUAGAAAUCCAGCAAUCCAGCAAUCCAACAAUCCCCCCGGACCAGUGCCAAUCCGUUGGUUUAGUUUAGUUUAGUUUAGUUUAGUUCAGUUUCGUUUCGUUUCGUUUCGGUUUGGCUUGCCCAUUUCAUUGUGUGCACUCGGGAAAAAGUGAAUAAGAAAAUUUGUUUGCCAACUUUCGGUGUAAUUUGUAAACAUCAAAGAGAAUGGCAAAGAAAACAUGUCGCCGGCUGAGUCAAAGGGAUCAAGAGUUGCUUUGCGAAUUCGUGCGGAAAUCUUCUACGUGUGCGGCAUGCCAAGAGCCGGAAUAUGUGCUCAGUGGAGUAGCAGGCAGCGGAGUGCCCCCGGGCCGGGAUUUUCCGGGGUCACCACCCACCCACUCCAACGCCCAGCCAUCGAAACUGAUCCCGGAGGGGGAUGGGUUCAAGGUGAACCAACUGGCCUGGCCUGGAAACCUUUCCUCCAGCAUAGAUAAUACAUUGAGAAAAAGAAGAUUAAAUAUGAAAAGAAAAUAUUACAAAAAUCAAGCUAUUCUGUGUUUUUACUGA